AUGGUCUCCGCCGGCGGUCACAGAUUAUACGUGAAGGGCAAGCACCUCUCCUACCAACGCGGCAAGCGCAAUACCAACCCCAACACAUCGCUCCUCAAGAUCGAAGGCGUCGACGAUACGAAUGCUGCAAAAUUCUACCUCGGCAAGCGCGUUGCAUAUGUCUACCGUGCUUCGACGGAACGCCAAGGUAGCAAGAUCCGUGUGAUUUGGGGAAAAGUCACUCGCCCUCAUGGCAACAGCGGCAUCGUGCGUGCUAAAUUCCGACACAACCUCCCACCCAAGAGUUUCGGCGCGAGCGUGCGGAUUAUGCUUUAUCCAAGUUCGAUAUGA